GGGGGGGUCGGUCAGCGCCCCGGCCCCCGCCACCGGCACCGCGCAGCCCCCGCGCCGCCGCCAGCAGGACUCCGGCCCCAUGGCUCCCCACGGGCUCCUCCUGGGGGUCCUGGGGUUGCUGUCGCUGGGGUGCGGGGAUCCGGCGGGGCUGGCGUUGCCGGAGGACGCGGCGCAGGAACACGGUUACUACCUGCGGCAGCUCUUCGGGCAGUACGGGGCCAACGGGACGCUGCCCUUCGAGGGGCUGGCGCGGCUGCUGGGCAGCCUGGGGCUGGGCCGGGUGCAGGUGGUGCAGAUCCAGCACGAGGAGCUGGGCCACGGCCACGUCAGCCACCUCGACCUGCUGGAGGUGCAGGAGGAGAAACACCGGCACCGACACCCCCUCUGGGAGCACGGCGGGGACCCUGCGCCCACCCCCCCGACGCCCACCAGCCCCCGGCCCUCCCAGACGAAAAGCUGGACGAAGCCCCCCGGCGUCGGCGUCACCCCCGGGAGCCAUGGGGCCCCCCCACCCCCCCGGCGGGACCUGAGCCUCCUGGGGAGGGUGCUGGGCUUGGAGCACUCCAGCGCCGACCACCCGCACCACGACUGCCUCAACGUCACCCAACUGCUGGUGAAUUUUGGGCUGGACUCGGUGGCGCAGCUGACGCCGGAGCAGUUCACCCUCCUCUGCCCGGCCCUGCUCUACCAGAUCGACAGCCGCGUCUGCAUCCAGCACAGCGAUGAGGUGACGCUGCCUCCCCCGGGGGGGGCCCUGUGGCCAGCGCUGGGCUGGGGGCUGCUGGCCGUCACCUUCCUCAGCCUGCCCUCCGCCCUGGCCGUCGUCCUCGUCCCGCUGCUGAGCCGCACCUUCUUCCGCUCGCUGCUGGCCUUCCUGGUGGCGCUGGCCGUGGGGACGCUCUGCGGGGACGCCCUGCUCCACCUCUGGCCCCACGCCCAGGGGAAGCACCAGGAGACGGCGUCGGAGCCGGGGGCCACGGUGCUGCAGGGGCUGGCGGUGCUGGGGGGCAUCUACCUGCUCUUCCUGCUGGAGCUGCUGCUGGGGACGCUGCGGCGGAGCCGGGAGGCCGCGGGACGCUCCCCCGGAGAGCCCCCCGACGUGGCCGCGGGGGUCCUGGCACCGCCGCCAGGAGGGGCCGAGCUGCAACACCUGACGGCACCGGAGCCAGAGCUGGAGCUCAAGCCCCACAGACACCCCCACGGACACCCCCACGGACACCCCCACGGACACUCCCACGGCCCCGCGCUCCCCCCCAGCCCCGGGGCCGCUGACAUCGUCUGGAUGGUGGUGCUGGGGGAUGGGGUCCACAACCUGACGGACGGGCUGGCCAUUGGCGCCGCCUUCUCCCACAGCCUCCCCAGCGGCCUCAGCACCGCGCUGGCCGUGCUCUGCCACGAGCUGCCCCACGAGCUGGGCGACCUGGCGGUGCUGCUGCGGGCGGGCACGGCCCCCCGCGCCAUCCUGCUCCUCAACCUGCUCUCGGCCCUGCUCUCGGGCCUGGGGGCGGCGGCGGGGGCGGCCGUGGGGCAGAGCGCGGCCCACCUCACCCCCUGGAUCCUCACCGUCACCGCCGGCCUCUUCCUCUACGUGGCCUUGGCCGACAUGCUCCCCGAGGUGCUGCGGGGCACCCAGGGCCCCGGAGAGGCCACCUGGAGCCGCUUCCUCCUGCAGAACGCGGGGUUCCUGCUGGGCAGCGGCAUCAUGCUGGCCAUCGCCCUGGCCGAGGGGCACCUCCGCGCCUGGCUGCAGCCCUGAACCAUCCUGGGGGGCUGGGGGGGGGGGGCUCGGCCCCACUCGCCCCCUGCCACCGGCAACCGCGGCCGGAGCUGGAAGGACGGCAGGACGGCGGGAGCCCCGAACCGGAC